AAAGCAUCAUGGCGGCUUCCACUCUCGGAGUACAGCGUGUCUUGCGGCGAGCGAUGGUCCCGUCUUUAGUGGUGAUUUUAGGAGCUACCGGGACCGGCAAGUCCAAGCUUGCCAUCGAAAUCGGAAAACGGCUUCAGGGAGAAAUAAUCAGCGCCGAUUCAAUCCAGGUGUACCAGGGCCUGGACAUCGUCACCAACAAGGUGACAGACCAGGAGCAGGCCGAGUGCAGGCAUCACAUGAUCGGCUUCGUGGACCCAUUGGUGAGCAGCUACACGGUGGUGGACUUCAGGAACAAAGCGCUGGCGCUGAUAGACAACAUGCACUGCCGAGAGACUUUACCGAUCAUCGUCGGAGGAACAAACUAUUACAUUGAGUCUCUGCUUUGGAAAGUCCUGCUGGAUACAGGGCAGGAACACGAGGGCCUGAGGGAUGGAGGACAAGGAGGAGAUGGAAGAGAUGGAGGAGAUGGAGGAGAUGGAGGAGAUGGAGGAGAUGGAGGAGAUGGCGCUCCCAAGAGGAAAGCAGAGCUGGAGAAACUGGGAGGAGCCGAGCUCCACAAGCGACUGGCUGCGGUGGACCCCGGCAUGGCCGCCCUGCUGCACCCCAACGACAAACGCAAGUUAUCCAGAAGUCUCCAGAUCCACGAGGAGACGGGGAUCCCUCACAGCCGCUGGCUGGAGGAGCAGAGGGGUCAGCAGGGAGGGGAUCGGCUCGGGGGCCCACUGAGGUUCCCGGACCCCUGCAUCUUCUGGCUACACGCAGACAUGGAAGCAUUAGACAAGCGGCUGGACCGUCGUGUGGAUGAGAUGUUGUCUGCAGGACUCGUAGAGGAGCUCCGAGACUUCCACACCCGGUACAACCAGCAGAAACUCCAGGGUGACGGACAGGACUAUCAACAUGGGAUUUUUCAGUCGAUCGGGUUUAAGGAGUUCCACGACUUCUUGACUGCCCCCGAGAGCAGCACCCGGCAGGAGAAAGAUGCGCGAAGAGAUAAAGGCAUCGAAGCUUUGAAGAUUGCGACGAGGCGUUACGCCCGCAAGCAGAAUAAAUGGGUCAGAAACCGCUUCCUCAAACGACCGGGAGACAAUGUCCCUGCAGUGUUCGGCCUGGAUGUGACGGACGUGUCCCGGUGGGAGGAGACGGUGCUGAACCCUGCACUGCAGAUCCUGGAAAGUCUCAGCAAGGGCGAGGAACCGGCGAUCGCCCCGAUCAGAGUACAGGGAGCGGAGCAGAGGAACAAACGGAGCCGCCACACCUGCGACCUGUGUGACAAACUGAUCAUCGGUGACCUGGAGUGGGAAGCUCACCUGAAAUCAAAGGGGCAUUACUAUCAUGUGAGGAAGAAGAGGAAGUGUGAUCCCGGCUGUGACGAGCCCCCGGGUACCAGUUCACCUCCCAGCCGUGCAGAAGAGGCUCCCUCGGAGGACGUUGGUGCUGCCGUCGCCCCGGGCUGCGGGGAAAGCUCUCAGGACUCCUGCAGCGACGCCAGGCCCACAGACCAGGGAGUACCAGCAGCACCUUGAGGACCUGGCAGACUCUGCUUCCACCUUCUUUCAGGUUUCCACUGAGCGCUAACAGAUGGAAGUUUCCCUACAGUCCUUAUAGGACUACUUGUUUUUGAACUUUGAAUGUCUACGACAGGAAACAUGUUUGCAAAUCCAUCGAUACCAAGGCAUAUUGAUGCUGAUGGACAAAUGGGAAAGAGAUUUGUUUUAUAUUUGUUGAUUAUUGACUGUUUUAUACACUUUUUCCUUCAUUUCAAAAUUCAGAAGAGAUUUACCUUUGCUGAAUAAAGCUUAUACGAAGCGGGUGGCGUCUUUUUAUUUUUUCUUAUUAUUGCUAUA